AUGUCCAUGUUCGACCAACUCAACCUUCAGGGAGGCUUCCACGGUGAUGCCUCCCUGGAUGUCUUCGAUACCUCUUUCGGCAGCGCCGUUGUCGAGUCCCCCACUCAAGCGCAUCCUGCCACCGUCUCACCAAGUGACCUCUUCACAGAUGAGGCUGUCUUAUCAGCUGCACCAUCCACCGCUUUCCCAAGUCUUGCGACGCCUACAUCAGACUUCCUUGACUCGCCUGACUUCACCGCUUCUGGCCUUGACACUACUCCCAUGCUCGAAGGUGCUCUUGACACCGAACUCGACAUGACCAGGCUCGAUAGCCUGCCUACACUCUUUCCAGAUGCUCACUUUGAUCAAUACUCUCAGCCCACCAUUGCUCCUAACAGCAGCUUUGGAUCUCUGUCUGAGCUUUCAGGCGCACCUCAGUAUGCCUCACCCAUGGUACGACAGAAAUCGUCACCCGGAAGGCCGCCUAUUGUUCAUGACCGAAAGGCCUCGCUGUCGGCUGGUAUCACAAAGGGCAACAGCGCGAAGGCACGGAAGGAGUUACCACAUAUUGUCGUUGAGUCUGAUGACGACAAGGAAACCGCAAAGAGGAAGAAGAAUACAGCCGCAGCGCGAAAGUCACGAAUGCGCAAGCAGGAGACUAUGAGUGCAAUGGCUGCCGAAAUCACACGACUCCGAGCCGUUGUUGAGGCUCUUGGAGGCGAUCCCGACGUUGAAUACAAUACUUGA